UACAAUUGCAAUUUGUGUUUAUUAUUAGGUAAUUGGAAAACGUUAUUUUAAUUAGUUUUUUUGUCCUUUGAAACAAAUAAAGGUACACUCAAAAUUUGUCAGUACAUAUUGCCGACUUACAGCAUAAAGAUCAGUAAUAGUAAUUCAUCAUUUCAAACAGGAACUAACAGUAUACUAACGGAGUGAUCAAUAAUAAGUGUAAAUGUAUGAAGCACAUUGCCUGUCAGAUAAUCCUCUUAAAAAUUUUCAUUAUGCCAAAUGAGAGAUGAUUCACUCUUUAAGAGUAAUAAAUCAUGACUAACAUAAAACAUAAAUUAAGCGUUCCUUAUGCUAGAAUAAAAAAAGCACGAAGAUAUAAAUUCACAGCAAUCGAAUAGUUAUAAUGAAAAAUUCAUUGUUUCGUCACGAGUUGUUGGCAUCAAGAGGAAAUAUUUAUGUCUGCGUAAACGAUCACAGCUGUCAUCGUUCAACUCUUCUUCUUUCUCCACAUCAUCGUCCACCACGUCAGCUUCACCGAAUUUAACAGUAACGCCUUCAUCAGAAUCAAAAUCAGGGUUUGGAUUAUCUCUAAAUAUGUCUGAAUGCAAUGACAGUAAUACAAAUAACAACAAUGUUAAUAACACUAAUGAUAGUUCCAGUGAGAAUGAAAAUAUCUCCAAUUCUCGCAAAUACUUCUUAAACAAAUUUCUUAUGGAUAAUAAAUUUUGUUUUAACUUUAAUGGUAUUAAACAAAAAAGUCACUGUGAUAAAGUGAUUAAAAAACAGUUGGGAUUUCCACUUGCGCGGCAGUUUUCAUCAAAGCAGGUAACAUUGGAUUUAUUGGACAAUAUUGGGCCGAAUCAAUUGUGUUCCAUACUGCACGAAGUAAUUCAUGAAUUGUUUAGCACAAGCCAUCUUAUAUUUAUUCAACGACUGAACUCGUCAACAAUGAGCUUAAUCAAUGAAUAUGUGUGCCAGAUGACCAAUAACUCAUGUACCCGGGAAAGUCGAACUGCAAAAAAUGCAAAUCUUAAAGUAAAAUCCAAAAGAGUAACUACUGUCAACAGAAUGAACAAAUAUUUUAUUUUUCAUUCUUACAAUGAAAAUGAAUCAACUAAACAUAGUGUCAGAAGUUUCGUCAUAAAAGUGGAUAGUAUUAGGAAUAUGGAAUUGCGUAACUUGUUUCUUCUCGAAAAACCAACAGUGAAAAAACCGAAAUUCGUGGUUGCCUACCUGGUUUGCGAAAGUGCUAGUCUAGAAAAUGGGACUCUAAUAUCAUUCUGUCUUACAAAGUUCCUCCUCAGUGACCAAAAGAUUCUAGAAAUGCUUUCAACCAAGCUACAAUCACUUUCAGUAGUGACAACAGAAGGAAGCCAAAGCCCAACACAGCCUACUCAAAAAUGUCACUCUAGCCCACAAUAUAGUCCCUCAGCAGAAGUAAGAGAGUCGACAUGUUUCAACUUAGUCAAACUGUCUCACAGUCUACUUCAUCAGAUGACUGAAAAAGCAAAUUACUCAUUUGGUAUUCUAAUGUUCAACAUAGAUGAUUCAGAUAGAUUACUGUGCAUAGCUUCUUCUGAUGACCUAUUUGUCGGUGAACAAAAAGUAGAGAUUCAUAAGGAUGAUUUUGAAAAGCAUUUGAAUUUCUUCGAAAAUUCAACGACACAAGAAUUCGAAGAGACAGUUUUAACUAAGGUUCUACGAAAAGUACUAGACGAGAAGGCAUGGAACUUUUGCAAGUCAAGUCAAAAGAAAUUCUUUCGCCUGAUUAACCUUGGGUCUUUCUCUUAUGAUUAUCACAUACAAGACAAUAUUACCCAGCGUUUAGCUGAUUCGCCCACUGCUUCUAUUACCAUUUUCUACUUAGUUGUGUAUUUAUGGUCAGUUCCAACAGGAGAAUAUUCAGAAAAUUUAAAUGGUUUCGCAGUCGAUUCAGGUAAUGAAAAUGUGCAAAUCAGUAACCUACUCGAUAUACACAGAAAAAGACUAUACGAAGGGUGUAGAUUACAAUAUUUAUCUAACUGUAACAAAUUCUAUGAAGUUUUUCAUAAGGUACUUGCAAAUUUCAGUCGUAUUGAGAGUGAAACAAAUCUAUUUGAAAACAUUGCAGACAGCCUAAAGAAACUCAUCAACUUUGACAGCAUUUCAAUUUAUCAUUUUGAUAAAAAUGAACAAGAAUGGAUAGAAGAACUGAACCAAUAUCCAUUAAAAAUUCAAAUGGUGCGUAAACAACGAUGGAAUAACUCAAAAUGGAUGCUUGAAGAUUUAUUUAAACAAAUCAAUGUUGACAUGGAAACACUGAAGACCGAUAGGAUAGAGGACGUUAGUAGAUUUAUCAAUCAGCUUGAUAUAAAUGUAUACUGGAUUGAUAUGUUUUCGAGUGGAGCAAGUCAUUCAACUCUAAUUGAAUUGCGUAAAUGCAAUGUAAAGGAAAAAUUUUCAAAAUAUGACAGAUAUUUGUUGUCCUGUACUAUCAUUAACUUCUUGUCUGUCCUCUUGCGUCAAACCUAUUUAAAUGAGGAAUUGCAUAUCAUGAAGAGCAAAAAUAAAGUAAACACAGAAAUGAUUGCUUAUCAUAUGAAGAUACCAGAAAAUGAGAUUUCACAGUUGGCUAACAAAAAUUCCCGAAUUCUAACGGAAUUACAUCCAGAUUACAACCAGUUAAAUUUUUGCAUCAGAAGUGUUGGAGAAAAGGAUUCUACAGAAGCCAUAAUGAUAAUGUUUGAUACUCUUGGUUUCAUAGAUGAAUGGAAAAUUCAUCGACCUACUCUUGCAUGUUUUAUUCUAACUGUUAAAAAAAAUUAUCGUUCACCAGCUUACCACAAUUGGAUGCAUGCGUUCACAGUUGGACAUAUGGCGUAUCUAGCAUUAACAAUUGACUCACAGUUAACAAAUCAAUAUUUAGAUGAAAUUGAACGGUUGGCAUUAUUUGUUGGUGCAUUAUGUCAUGAUAUUGACCAUAGAGGAUUUAAUAACAGUUAUCAGGUAUUCACCAAAUCACCGUUGGCUGCUCUUUAUGGUCAUAGAGGAUCAAUUCUUGAACAACACCAUAUUGAUCAGACAAUGAGGAUAUUGAGUCUUAAGGGUUGUAAUAUUUUCAGUCAAAUGACAAAACAGCAAUAUGAACGACUCAAAUAUUUACUCAAGCAAAUCAUUUUGGCUACUGAUCUAUGUCAGCAUAUUUCAUUAAUGCCAGAAAUUAUACAGGUGACUGGAAAAAUGUACAAUCCAUCCAAUGUGAAACAUCGUGAACUGCUUCUGUCCCUUCUAGUUACCGCAUGUGAUUUAAAUGAUCAGUGUAAAGACUGGUAUAAUACACGUGAAGCUGCAAAACUGAUUUAUCACGAGUUUUUCAUUCAAGGUGACUUAGAAAAAUCGUGGAAUUUGACUCCUCAACCUUCACUGGAUAGAAAUAAAGCCUUUAUACCAGAAUUACAGGUAUACUUUCUUGAUUCUAUAGUACUACCCUGUUUCAAAGCAUUAUCAUCUGUACUGCCUAAGUUUCAACCAACCAUCAGUACAAUUCAGUCUAAUCAACAAAUUUGGCGAAUGAUAUGCAAAACAGUCGAAGAAAAUCAACUCUGUGAUUAUACAAAUGAAGCAUUAUUCUCUGGACAUUAUGAUACAUUGAUAGAAGGUUAUAUCGCUACCCUAUGCAAAACAUAAAUUUUUGAGAAUAAGGAUAAGUAAAUAUCUUUGUUCUGUUAAUGAAAUAGCAUCCUUUGGGAAAAAAGACAAGAUUUAACACAGAACACAAUUAUGUAAUGAAAUACAGUCUGUGACAAUAAGGAGAAAAUUUCAACAUUAAGUUAAACGCUAUUUUUCUACCAGCCUUUUUUAAAUACGUUACAAACUCUUGGAGACGAAAUUUAGUCGAAAACAGAAAUAUAUUUCAUAAAUGUCUGCAUCCCUCAUAAAAUUACAAUUCAAUUAUAACUAAUAUCAAGUAGUCAACAAAUAAUAAUAAGGUUUACCAAUGGUUCCCUAAAUCAUGUCAGCUAGUGAUCAAUCUUGUAACCAAUUGAAUCACUGAAAACCAAUAUUUGAUAAAUAAUUAUAUCUCACAGAAUGAUCUGUUAAAAGAUUAUACGUAUUUUUAUGUUGAUAUAUUGACACCUUCCUGCAUAGGUCUGACUUCCCAUCAUCUUUUUUUCUUCAAAAUACAAUCCGUUCUUGCUACCAACAAUCGUAACUAUUAGUACAUGUAAACACAUACACAAAAGGCAUUUACAGUGUCACUUUCUUUAACAAAAAAUAAACAAACCUAUUGAGUAUAAUCUGUUUCAUUAAGUCCUUCAGAGAUAAACUUCGACCAAAUCCUUUCUUGUUUCAGUUAUUUCCAUUUAAGUUAAUAUGACUAAUUUUAACCUAAUAUUUCUUGGAUAGUAAAUGUAUCGAGUAAUGUGUAAGUAUCAUUGGAUAAGCAUAAGACGA